AGGUUAGAGUGCCCGCAAUUGCGAAAUGCCCGAAACCAAUGUCAUGUUUCUAAUUAGCAUGCUUUUUGUUAAAAUAUCAUCAUCUUCAUCAUAAGUUUUUCUUCUUCAUCAUUUUCUCGGAUUAUCAAAAUGUGAGAAAAGUUGUUCCUGUACAUAAGAAAGGUAAUCCAAAGGAUAUUAGUAAUUAUCACCCAAUAACUGUCCCUUCAAUGUUUUUGAAAAUAAUCAAAUACUUUUAUCUCAAAGUAUUAAACUCUUAUUUAUUGGAGAAUGUUAUUGUUAGUAAAUAUCAGCAUGGCUUUCAGGCAGGCGGAUCAUUGGCAGUCUUCCUUGAAGUUGGUCUGCCUAAAAUUAAGUCAGAUUUUUCAAAAUGGCGACUGUUUUUCUGUGACGAACGAGUUGUGCCUGUAGAUGAUCCUGAUUCCACAUAUGGACUGUAUAAGAGGGCUCUGGUGGAUUCGGGACUACUUGGCUUGAAGCCAGAUCAGUUUGUUCAAAUCAAACAAGGUGUAUCAGCCGAAGAAGCAGCUAUUGAUUAUGAAAAUCAAUUAAAAAAAUUCUUUCCAUCUCAAGAACUACCGCAAUUUGACAUGUUGUUGUUGGGUAUGGGUCCAGACGGCCACACCUGCUCUCUAUUUCCAGGUCACCCCCUAUUAAAAGUGACAGACAGGUGGAUUGCUCCUAUCACAGACUCACCUAAACCACCUCCAAGUAGAGUAACUAUGACUUUUCCAGUGGUCAACAAUGCUAGAGUGUGUAUUUUUGCUACAGGUGGCAAAGAAAAAGCUGAGAUGAUAAAGAAAGUUUUAGUCGAUCAGGAUGAACAACUUCCAGCUGCCAGAGUAAAACCACAUUCAGGGGCAAUCUACUGGAUUGUAGACCAAGAUGCGGGAGUACAUAUAAAGAAUAAAGUUUAAUUUGUAUAUACAUAUUUUUAUACAUUGUUAAUGUUUU